AUCUCAUCUCAAAAAGAACCAAAUUCGAACAUUUUAAAGUUAGGCUACAUAAAGAAGACGAAAAUUUUAACACAAGGAAUUUUUUACUAAUGAAUAUUUAGAAUAGUAAUAUGUAUUUCCUAUUAUAAGUAAUAUUUUAUUUAAAAGAAAAUAAUUUUUUAGGUUAAUUUAUCAGUUUGAAUUUUACAUCAAGAUCGUAAGUAAUCAGUUCUACAUUUAUGCUGUUGAAUCACAUGGAGAAUAAGAAGCAAUUUAGAAAAAGUCCUGCUACUCCUGCCAGUAAUGUUUUAACAUUUGAUAACACUCCAAAAAGAGGAUGGGCAUCACAAAAUUAUGCUUCCCCACUCAUGAAACUAGAAGAAAUGGAUCAAGAAAAACUAAAAACUCAGUCGCCAGCAGUUCCUAAAAAUCCUUUUGAUGUGAAAGCCGAAUCUCUUUAUUUUCAUUCUUGUUCCCCUUCAGUAUUUGCUACUUUUUCAAGAAAUAAAACGAAUGAUGGUAAAGUAGGCUGGUCCGUGGAGCACUUAUCUCUUUUGUAUCCUGCAGAUAUAGAUGAAACUUCAACUCAGGAUCCCUGGGAGGAUACUGAUCAAGAGGUAAAGGCGCAGCAGGCUAUUGAUGCUUUCUUUUCUCAAAAUAGUGUUGUACCUUCCCCUUGGUCUGAAACUCCAGAAGGUACAGAUGAAAAUAAAUUAAGAAGAAAUGUUAGACGAUUUUGCUCAUUUCAAAAUGUUUUGAGUUGUGAUGUUGAAACUCAAACCAAUCUGACUAUUCCUCCAGAUGUAGACUUAAUGGCAUUAUUAGGUGAUCGUUUCAUUUAUGAUGAAUAUAGUUGUUCUAGAGAGAGUUCUUGUUGUGAAACAGAUGUACUAAGUAAUUCAUCCCUGCGUAGAAAAUUAUUUGUUGCUGAUGAGGAUUUCAGUUCUCCACUUGGAGAUGAAAAGAAACAUUUAAGUUUAACCAGAAGGAGUACUUCUAGUAUCCACAUGCGUAGUAUGCAUUCAACUCCAGCAUCUUGUCAAUGUGCUAAUACAGUUUAAAGUCUGUAAUCCGAACUCGUCGGGACUUCGGAGAUUCCAGAUUAGGGCUUUUUCUGGAUUAUAGAUCAUCAAUUAAAGUCUGAUAAAAAGGCAUGCAGAAAUUAUACAAUUAAAAAUAUGAA